AUGAGACUGACCUGUCUCUCCCUGUGCCUCUGCCUGGCCCUGGCUUUGAGCCAGGGUUAUCCGUGAGACCACACCCUGUCACCUGAUGACUUGGAUCGUUGUGAUGGGAUCGAGUUUGACGCCAUAACUCCUGAUGAGAAGGGCAUCACCUUCUUCUUUAAAGGCGAGCGGUUGUGGAAGGGUUUCCGGGGUCUGUCCAAGCCUCUGAACAGCACGUUCCAGGAGGUGGAUGAUCAUCACCACGUGGGGCACGUAGAUGCAGCCUUCCGCAUGCACCACGAGGGCCGGCCAGAGGAACACGACCACAUCUUCUUCUUCCAGGAUGACAAGGUCUUCAGCUACUACAACCACACUCUGGAGGAGGGCUUUCCCAAAGACAUCCAGGAGAUGUUUCCCGGGAUCCCAACCCACCUGGACGCUGCGGUGGAGUGCCCCAAGGGCGAGUGUGUCACUGACUCUGUGCUUUUCUUCAAGGGCAGUGAAAUCUACCACUUUGACAUUAAAACCCAAGCAAUCAAGAUGAAACACUGGGAUCAUCUCCCCAACUGUACGUCUGCCUAUCGCUGGCUGGAGAGAUACUACUGUUUCCAUGGACACCAGUUCACCAAGUUCCACCCCAUCACUGGGGCUGUGACAGGGAAUUACCCCAGGGACUCCCGCGACUACUUCAUGAGGUGCCCCAAGUUUGGCCACGGGGGCAAUGACACGGAGAGGGAGCGCUGCAGUACCGUACAUCUGGACGCCAUCACUGUUGACGACCUGGGAAAGGCCUACGCUUUCAGGGGCCAGUUCUACAUGCGUCUGGACACGCAGCGGGAUGGCUGGCACGCCUUCCCCAUCGGAAACCUCUGGAAGGAGCUGGCCAGUGGCGUGGACGCUGUGUUCUCCUUCGAGAAGAAGCAGUACAUGGUCAAGGGCGACCAGGUGUACAUCUAUAAAACAGGAGCCACCAACACGCUCGUAGAGGGGUACCCCAAAACCCUGGAGGAGGAGCUGGGGAUCAAGGGGCCGGUGGACGCAGCCUUCGUGUGCGGAGUUGACUCCACCGUGCACGUCAUUCAAGGGGAACAGAUGCAAGACAUCGACUUGCUGACCACGCCUCGCGAAGUGGUUAAGAAGUCUCGCCUGCCCUUCCCCAAGAUAGACGCAGCUUUGUGUGGGCCUGACGGGGUCAGAGUGUUCGUGGGGGCUGAGUAUUUCCAUUACGAAACCCCCAUGCUCCUAGCCUUCAGCCGCAUCAGACCAGAGCCUCACAAGACCUCACUGGAGAUGCUGGGCUGUGACCACUAG